ACCUGUUUUAACAGACAUUCAAAUACCUCGAUAGAAGCGCUUGAAUAUGUAAAAUGACAUUCGGUAGAGUUGGAGUGGCUCGGUCCGAUCCACUUUGUCUGUUUCCACUUCACAGAGACAGGGCUGUGUAUGAACACAGGGCUAUGUAUGAACACACACAACAGACAGCUAGUGAACCGUGAGGAAAUAUUGACAAGUGUGGUUUAGAAUCACAGACACCACCUUUAAAUACACAUUUGUCUUAUUAGAUUUAAAAUCGGGUUAUGAUGGAAUUUUUACGGACAAGUCAAACUCAACCACUGGACAUCACUUUGUGAGUUUGAGUAUUAUUAUUAUUAUUAAAGGACUGAUGGCCAAAAGCUGCACUGAAAAUAAGACUCAUCUUAUAAAAACUAUCACUUCAGAUGAAGCUCUGCAUCAACGACUAUAAGAGCUGUAAAACUCUAAGGCCGAGUGUGUUGCUGUCGUUGCUGACUCAUCAUUCUCCGACAGGGCCCAUGUAUCGUCUGGAGAAGCAGACGGAGCCAAACGUCUCUGUGGACCUGGACUCGACACUGGAGAGCCAGAGCACCCUGGAGUUCUGCCUGGUCAGAGAAAACAGCUCCAGGGGCGAGGAGAGCUCCGAGGAAGACCCCCCUAUUGACAUCACCACGGUCCAAGACAUGUUGAGCAGCCACCACUAUAAGUCCUUCAAGAUCAGCAUGAUUCACAAGCUGCGCUUCACCACAGAUGUCCAGCUAGGUGUUUCAGGAGAGAAGGUGGAGAUCGAUCCGGUCACCAAUCAGAAGGCCAGCACCAAGUUCUGGAUUCGACAGAAACCCAUCUCCAUCGACUCUGACCACCUCUGUGCCUGCGACCUCGUAGAGGAGAGAAGCCCCAGUCAUGCAAUAUUUAAGCUCACUUAUCUCAGCAACCACGACUACAAGCCGCUCUACUUCGAGUCUGAUGCUGCUACUGUCAACGAAAUAGUGCUGAAGGUGUGUUCUUUUUCACCGUCUUUCUAUUUCUUGAGGGCAACUGUUCAGUGCUGGCAUGAACUGUUCCUCCAGCUCAUCCUUCAGGCCUUAAUGAGUUCUGUUCCAGGGCGCCUUCGUCUCAAUGUUUAUAGUAGCAAAGUACAGUUUAAAUGUACAAGUUUCUUACUUGAGUAUUUCCAUUUUUAUCGAGUAUCUAGUUUUAUUUCACCGCCGUACUCUUCUGUCUGAGAUAAUAGCCCUGAUGAUGUCAUAGUGAUGUAAUCAGGGUUGGAGACCUCAGACAGGAAGCCUGAGUUCUAGACUGGAGGUGAGGGUCAAAUCUAGGAUCCAGUGGUUUUCGAGCUAGAAUGAAGGUCUGGUUUGAAGAUGGGUGCGGUAGGAGCAAGGGAGCCCAAAGUAUGACAGUAGAAGGAAUGCUGCUAUAGCGUCGCUCAGCUCAUUGUUUUGCUUUCACGUCUUUUAGUGUUUUGGUUCUGUUUUCAGUGGAGAAGCUCUGAUAAACCCCAUGUACACAACCUGUCCAGCAUCAAACAGCAGACAGACACAGUUCAGAGACUAGCUGAUGAACUGAUGGAGCAUUUUGCAGCUGCAGAGAUGCAGAGAUAUUUCCCUCAGGGGUUGGUGGAGACCAAAACAGAGCUAAAAGAGAGGGAAGAUUAGACUUAAAUGUAUCAGGUGGACACAGAAAGCACUUCCAAUGUAAGCUAACACUCUAGUCUACUAAUCUGCUGUUUGCUAACACAUUCUCCGCAUCAACUUUUUAAAGUUGUUUGUUAGCCCACGAGGCCCAAAAUCAUUGAAUACUCCUACCUCAGUUAUUGAUUGAAGAGCAUGAAUGAUCUUGUGCAAACAGGUUCUGAAGAAUGUGUCGUAUUAAAUAUGUUGCACAUAAAUUAGUUGUUGACGAAUAAAAACGUAAUACUUCACAUAAAAAAUAUGAAGACCUACAUUUAUAUUAUUUCAUUACAAUUGUGUAGUUGUUGAUGCAUUGAUAAACACUUCAAAAUGUCCUACACUUUCUGCUUAGAACUACAUAUGUCGCAGUCACACUCGUCUUUUCAAUGUGACUUUUGUGACCGGAUGCCGAUCAGAGCUCAGCUGUCCUCAUCAUGUUCACACUUGACACUUCAAUGUGACCUGUCUGAUCAGAUAUGGUGCUUUUUGCCCGAAGAAGAACCAUUAAACGGUGGAUGGACACAUUUCAUUUUUACAUAAAUUAUUCAUAAUAAAAGUCCCCCAUUAUUUUUGCUGCUUACUCUUCCUCCCUGCAGAAUUAGUAGACGUCUUUUUAUUUUAGGAUAGCGGCUAACAAAGCUCAGCUAAUUCGGCGGUGAACAUAUUGUCCUGUAAAUUGGUCACAUCAGAUCUCUAUGCGAGUCAGAUCUAGGAGCGAACAGACUUAGUCUUAGGUUAGAGUGCUACUAUGGUGGCGAUCAUCUCUGUUAUUUCAUUGUAUUUACGGUAAAGGCCUGUGACUGUCGGAGAUAAAGAGGUUCAAGGUGAAGUUUCAAAUCAACAUUCUCAAACGCAUCAUGAAUG